UGGACCCAGGGAGUCCGGAGCGAACACAUCAUGCAGGACACGCAGGACAGCGACAUCGGCCUGGAGGGCUUGACCCGAGAGGGAGCCUCUGCGGACCGAGAGUGCCAGCGGGGACCGGAAACAAUCGCGCACGAGGCACAGGACGCAGAAACCCCCAACUCAGACGCCACCGGGGCUGUGGAUGGGGAGCGCGAGGCCACCAUGAGGGUCCCUGAGAAGUACUCGACGCUCCCGGCGGAGGACCGCAGCGUCCACAUCGUGAACAUCUGCGCCAUCGAGGACCUGGGCUACCUGCCGUCCGAGGGCACGUUGCUGAACUCUCUGUCCGUGGACCCAGACGCCGAAUGCAAGUAUGGCCUAUACUUCAGGGAUGGCAAACGGAAGGUGGACUACAUCUUGGUGUACCAUCACAAGAGAGCCUCUGGGAGCAGGACUCUGGCCAGGAGGGGACUACAAAAUGACAUGGUCCUGGGGACCCGCAGCGUCAGGCAGGACCAGCCCCUUCCCGGGAAGGGGAGCCCUGUGGAUGCGGGCUCACAGGAAGUCCCCAUGGAUUACCACGAAGAUGACAAACGCUUCAGACGGGAGGAGUACGAGGGUAACCUGUUAGAGGCAGGCCUGGAGCUGGAGAACGACGAGGAUACCAAAAUCCAUGGUGUUGGGUUUGUGAAGAUUCAUGCGCCCUGGCAUGUGCUCUGCAGGGAGGCUGAGUUUCUGAAACUGAAGAUGCCCACAAAGAAGGUAUACCACAUCAGUGAGACUCGAGGCAUCCUGAAAACCAUCAACUCAGUUCUGCAGAAGAUCACAGACCCCAUCCAGCCCAAGGUGGCUGAGCACAGGCCGCAGACCACAAAGAGGCUCUCCUACCCCUUCUCACGGGAGAAGCAACACCUAUUCGACCUGACGGACAGGGACUCUUUUUUCGACAGCAAAACCCGGAGCACAAUAGUCUAUGAAAUCCUGAAAAGAACUACGUGCACCAAGGCCAAGUACAGCAUGGGUAUCACCAGCCUCCUGGCCAAUGGCGUAUACUCAGCUGCGUACCCUCUGCACGAUGGGGACUAUGAGGGUGACAACGUUGAGUUCAACGACAGGAAACUCCUGUAUGAGGAAUGGGCAAGCUAUGGAGUCUUCUACAAAUACCAGCCCAUUGAUCUGGUCAGGAAAUACUUUGGCGAGAAGGUUGGCCUGUACUUUGCCUGGCUUGGAGCCUAUACUCAGAUGCUCAUCCCUGCCUCCAUCGUGGGUGUCAUUGUCUUUCUCUACGGAUGUGCCACCAUGGACGAAAACAUCCCCAGCAUGGAGAUGUGUGACCAGAGAUACAAUAUCACCAUGUGUCCUCUGUGUGACAAGACCUGCAGCUACUGGAAGAUGAGCUCAGCCUGUGCCACAGCCCGUGCCAGUCACCUUUUUGACAACCCUGCCACCGUCUUCUUCUCUGUGUUUAUGGCCCUCUGGGCUGCCACUUUCAUGGAGCACUGGAAACGGAAGCAGAUGAGGCUCAACUAUCGAUGGGACCUCACAGGCUUUGAGGAGGAGGAGGAAGCUGUCAAGGAUCAUCCCAGAGCAGAAUAUGAAGCCAGAGUCUUAGAGAAGUCGCUGAGAAAAGAAUCCAGAAACAAAGAGAAGCGCCGGAAUGUUCCAGAAGAACCGACCAACAAAUGGAAGCAGAGGGUUAGGACAGCCAUGGCAGGGGUGAAAUUGACUGACAAGGUGAAGCUGACCUGGAGGGACCGAUUCCCAGCCUAUUUCACCAAUCUUGUCUCCAUCAUCUUCAUGAUCGCAGUGACAUUUGCAAUCGUCCUCGGAGUUAUCAUAUAUAGAAUCUCCACAGCUGCAGCCUUGGCCAUGAACUCCUCCCCGUCUGUGCGGUCCAACAUCCGGGUUACAGUCACGGCCACCGCUGUCAUCAUCAACCUCGUGGUCAUCAUUCUGCUGGAUGAAGUUUACGGCUGCAUUGCCAGGUGGCUCACCAAGAUUGAGGUCCCAAAGACAGAGAAGAGCUUUGAGGAGAGGCUGACCUUCAAGGCCUUCCUGCUCAAGUUCGUGAACUCUUACACUCCCAUCUUCUAUGUCGCCUUCUUCAAAGGCCGGUUUGUUGGUCGGCCCGGCGACUACGUGUACAUCUUCCACUCUUUCCGGAUGGAGGAGUGUGCCCCCGGCGGCUGCCUCAUGGAGCUCUGCAUCCAGUUGAGCAUCAUCAUGCUGGGCAAGCAGCUAAUCCAGAACAAUCUCUUCGAGAUCGGCAUCCCGAAGAUGAAAAAGUUCAUCCGCUACCUGAAGCUGCGCAGGCAGAGCCCCUCGGACCGUGAGGAGUACGUGAAGCGGAAGCAGCGCUAUGAGGUGGACUUCAACCUCGAACCCUUCGCCGGCCUCACACCCGAGUACAUGGAAAUGAUCAUCCAGUUCGGCUUUGUCACCCUGUUUGUUGCAUCCUUCCCUCUGGCUCCACUCUUCGCCCUGCUAAACAACAUCAUUGAGAUCCGCCUGGAUGCCAAAAAGUUUGUCACCGAGCUACGGAGGCCAGUAGCCAUCAGAGCCAAAGACAUCGGCAUCUGGUAUAACAUCCUCAGAGGUGUUGGGAAGCUGGCUGUCAUCAUUAAUGCCUUUGUGAUCUCCUUCACGUCUGACUUCAUCCCUCGCCUGGUAUACCUCUACAUGUACAGUCAGAACGGGACGAUGCACGGCUUUGUCAACCACACGCUCUCCUCCUUCAAUGUCAGCGACUUCCAGAAUGGCACAGCACCCAAUGACCCACUGGACCUGGGCUAUGAGGUUCAGAUCUGCAGGUAUAAAGAUUACCGGGAACCCCCGUGGUCAGAACACAAAUAUGACAUCUCCAAAGACUUCUGGGCUGUCCUGGCCGCCCGACUGGCAUUUGUCAUUGUCUUCCAGAACCUGGUGAUGUUCAUGAGUGACUUUGUGGACUGGGUGAUCCCUGACAUUCCCAAAGACAUCAGCCAGCAGAUCCACAAAGAGAAGGUUCUCAUGGUGGAGUUGUUCAUGCGUGAGGAGCAGGGCAAGCAGCAGCUACUGGACACAUGGAUGGAGAAGGAGAAGCCAAGGGAUGUGCCUUGUAACAACCACAGCCCUACGACCCACCCGGAGGCAGGCGACGGCAGCCCGGUCCCCAGCUACGAGUGCCACGGGGACGCGCUGUAGCCGUGAUAGCAGGCCAGCAGGCCAGCAGGCUUCUGACCAUCACCAAGUGACCACUUGGUUUCUUCCAGAGCCAGCACUUUUAGCCCCACCAGGGCCUGUGGCUCUUGUGUCGUCUGGACGUGUGGAGAACCACUCUGAUGCCACAAUGGUCUUCUUUCUUCUUUCUGUUUCUUCUCAUUUUUGCACAAGGCCAUUAUGCAGGGAAGUUUUUAUCUUUAGUAUUCAAUGCCAAGGAUGGCUGGUGAUGGGGAUGAACAGGGUGAGGCAUGUUCCACAGACAUAUGGGGGGACAUAGAGCCCCCCUACGGUGGUAAGGGACCAAGUCAGCAUCCUUAGUCUGAAGGAUGCCCUGGGAUAGAUGCAGAAUGGUACCUAGGAACCUGCUGACAUUUUGCAGAAGAGUGAACAACUCAGACUCACAUUCCCAAAGAUGUCACCUGCUCUAGUUGGACAAGCUGGAAGACUCCACUGUCUUUCCUUCUGGGAGCUCAGAAGUUCAGACCCGGGGUCAGAACCAGAGGUGCCUGACCACCCACACAGCACACACACAUGGUGGCUUCACAUUGUACUCCAGUAACGGAGGAGUACAGGGGCCUCCAGUUGUCCAGCGCCCUUGGUGUCCCUGGUAGGCUCAACGCCAGCCACUCAAGGGCCCCUCACAUGAAGCUGAUGUCCUCCUUGUGAGACAAGCUGUAGUGACAGGCACGGCGUCUCUAAACAAGCUGGAGGGCUUCGCCAAGCCCUGGGGUCUCCGUGGGUUCAUUUUUUGCUUUUUAGACCGUCUAUUGGUUUUUGUCUAAAAGUCAAUGAUGUGAUGGAUUUGAGGGGUUUUCUUUCUGUAGCUGAAGGUGGAAGGAGUUUAUUUCAUUAGUUAACCAAAUACUGAGAGGAAAUUAAAAUAUCAUUACUACCAAAGAUUUUUCUCAAUAAAAGCUUCUAUUUUGGUAACACACCUAUAUUUUCACUCGUGGGGACCUGAGACCCUUAGCACUUACCACUGUAAUAGCUUCUAAAACAAGCCUCGUGGGCCAGCUUCAUUUGAUGUGCCAGCCAGCUGUGCGAGGCCUCUCAGCACCAUGGCCAGAAGUGUCUCUCCUCGCCCAGGCUGGAGAGGGCGACUCCCUGCACUUGUCUUAGGGCAAGGCAGACAGUGCCGUAGUCGGCAGCUGAGGUCCGAGUCUCAGGCUUCAAAGGUUUUCACUGUUUGCUAAAAUCGUGAGACCUGAUGCUUCUGUUUUCUCUUGUGCAGUGAUGUGGUUUCCAAUGAUGUUUUGUAUAUAGCUACUGUAUCCAAAAUUAGAUAAUUACCAAAAAUUCUUUUACAGAAACCAUUUUUUUUAAAAAACAAAACCAAAACAACAACAAAAAAAAAAACCCAAAAACUGAAUGUAUACACACCCACAGGAGACUGUGGCUGCGCGGUCAUCAAAAUAAAUUUGAAUACACAAC